AUGUGCACGUUUAAUAAAUGUACUAAUUCUGAAUUAGAAGCAAGUGAUUUCGAAUUAUACUUAGAGUUUUUAGAUUUGGAUGCACUUUCGAACGAGUUAAAACUUUGGAAAAGAAAAUGGUGUGAUAAACCAAUAUUAGAACGAUCUCCUGAAAUACUUGAAGCAUAUUCAAAUUGUAACAAAAAUUUUUUCCCAAAUAUUUCAUUUUUAUUAAAAGUUUUGGCAACUUUACCAGUAACUACGGCGACACCGGAAAGAACUUUUUCGACGCUGAAAAGAAUAAAAAAUUACCUAAGGAAUGCAACUGGAGAAGACCGAUUGACUGGCCUAGCAUUACUCAGUGUACAUAGGAAUAUCGUUGUAGAUCCAGAAGAAGUAAUCAAUCGUUUUUCAAAUGAAAAACAAAGAAAUAUAGAGUUUGUCAUAUAA